GAAAGGAGGAAGGAAGAGAGGAAGAUAGAAAGGAGGAGAAUACGGUUGGAAAGCGGAUUACGUUCACUCGUUUGCAGUUUCGCUCGUCUGUUCGUUCUUGUUCAGUGUUGCUUUCGUAGCCUUACUCCUCAUAGUCGUUGGAUGUCGAUAUUCGAGUGCGCGGCACAGGCUGAGCAGUGGCAGCUCCGAGUCACUGCGCCGAGAAUCUAAAAUUAUCGGGCGGUCCACGAUAGAAGAGAGGAAGGGUAAUCGAGAGGUAGAACCAGAAAGAGGAAGAGAGAGAGAGAGAGAGAGAAGGAGAGGGAGAAUGUGAUAAACGCGAGAAGAGAUUGGAAAGAGAAAGAAAGAUCAAAGGUACGGUUAAUAGAAAAAGAACGGUUAUUGUCAGAAGAAUAGAGGAGUAUAAAGGCGAGAGAAAGAAAGUACGGAGUUGAGCAAUAGUUGAUCCAUUGGACAAAUAGACGAACGGACAGAAGAACGUGCUACGAAGUUGAAAUAAAAAGGCACGUUGAUCGGGAGAAGAGGUGGGAAAGAGGAAGAAACGAGUAAGCGAACGGACGGACGGACAGACAAACGAACGAAUGGACGGAUAGACGAACGAACGAACGAACGAACGAACAAACGAACGAACGCACGAACGAACGAACGAACGAACGAACGAACGAACGAACGAACGAACGAACGAACGAGCAAGCCGAAGGGGGUGAGGAGGAGCCAAGAGAGAGAGAGAGAGAGAGAGAGAGAGAGAGAGAGAGAGAGAGAGAGAGAGAGGCAAAGCGAGGUAGGUCGACGUCGUGGCACGGGCUUAUACCGCGCGCGCGGAGUAGCCUACCUACCACCCAUCGUGCGAGUUCUCUCGCUUUACGUUCUGUCUCUUGGUACGAACGAUAUCGAGGCUGCUGCGAUCCGAUAAUAUUGCUUUCGAGCGACUCUUUCAGUAAUAGAAGAAAAAAAAGAAGUGAAGUACGAAAAGACGAGUUAGGAAGGACUUAGCCAGAUUCGAAAAGAAGGCUAAGGAAGCAGAGGAGGUGAAGGGGAGUGAAGAGGCGGAAGAGAAAUUGCGAUAACCGCGAGGGUCUGCCUAAGACCCCCGUCGGUCCAAAUCUAUCGCGUUCGCGAUAAGACGUCGCCAUGGCGGAGGAACAAGAAACGAAUAACACGUGCGAGGAUUCUCUCGGUCCUGGUGAUACCACCACUGCUUUUGCCAAGAAACUACGGGGCCGGAAAGGAGCACUCAAGAAGAAAAAUGUAUACAUGGUUAAAAAUCAUAGCUUUAUGCCACGUUUCUUCAAACAACCCACAUUCUGCAGCCAUUGCAAGGACUUUAUAUGGGGCUUCGGAAAGCAAGGAUAUCAGUGCCAAGUCUGUAGUUUCGUCGUUCACAAGCGAUGUCACGAAUACGUGACCUUUACCUGUCCUGGAGCGGACAAAGGAGCUGACUCGGACGAUACGCGGACGAAGCAUCAAUUCAAGCAACACACCUACAACAGCCCCACGUUCUGUGACCACUGCGGUAGUCUUCUCUAUGGUGUCAUCCACCAGGGCAUGAAAUGCCAAGCAUGCGACAUGAACGUACACAAGAGAUGCGAAGAGAGCGUCCCGAAUCUUUGUGGAUGCGAUCACACCGAAAGACGUGGUCGUAUACAUCUUUACAUCACCGUUUCCGGUAGCAAGAUGACCGUCGAAGUAAAGGAAGGACGAAAUCUCAUUCCGAUGGAUCCCAAUGGUCUUUCGGAUCCUUACGUGAAAUUGAAAUUGAUUCCAGAUUCGGAUACGGUAAAGAAGAAAACGAAAACUAUUAAGUCAUCUUUAAAUCCUGAAUGGAAUGAAACGAUUAUAUUCGAUCUUAAACCAGAGGAUAAAGAUAGACGGUUGUUAAUUGAAGUUUGGGAUUGGGAUCGGACUUCUAGAAAUGAUUUCAUGGGAUCACUUUCUUUCGGCAUAUCGGAACUCAUUAAAGCGCCUGCUAGUGGUUGGUUUAAACUUCUUACUCAAGAAGAAGGGGAAUUUUAUAACGUACCUGUGCCCGAAGAGGGAGUUGAUCUGGCAGAACUUAAAAGUAAAAUGCGAAAAACAUCGGUGACGAAGAAGACUCCAACGACACAGGAUAAAGAUGUACCACACAAUAUGGGAAAGAGCGAUUUAAUAAGAGCAUCGGACUUUAAUUUUCUUAUGGUUCUAGGAAAGGGUAGCUUCGGAAAGGUACUGUUAGCAGAAAGAAAAGGGACUAACGAGUUAUAUGCCAUAAAAAUACUUAAGAAAGACAUCAUUAUUCAAGAUGACGACGUGGAAUGCACGAUGGCUGAAAAGCGAGUUCUCGCUCUUUCAAGCAAGCCUCCUUUUCUUGUACAAUUACAUUCUUGUUUUCAAACUAUGGAUCGUCUGUAUUUUGUCAUGGAGUAUGUAAAUGGUGGCGAUUUAAUGUAUCAGAUUCAACAAUGUGGCAAAUUUAAAGAACCAGUAGCAGUAUUUUAUGCCUCAGAAAUUGCCAUCGGGCUGUUUUUUUUACAUGGUCGCGGCAUCGUCUAUCGCGAUUUAAAGCUCGACAAUGUAUUACUCGAUCAGGACGGACAUAUAAAGAUUGCAGAUUUUGGAAUGUGUAAAGAAGGAAUAACGGGUGAUAAAACAGCUAAAACUUUUUGCGGUACACCAGAUUAUAUAGCACCGGAGAUAAUCUUAUAUCAACCAUAUGGAAAGUCUGUGGAUUGGUGGGCAUAUGGCGUACUUCUUUACGAAAUGCUCGUCGGACAGCCACCAUUUGAUGGUGAAGACGAGGAAGAACUUUUUGCCGCGAUAACAAAUCACAACGUUAGCUAUCCGAAAAGUUUGUCCAAAGAAGCCAAAGAAGUCUGCAAAGCAUUUCUUACGAAAAAUCCAAGUAGAAGGCUCGGUUGCGGUUUCCGCGGCGAAGAAGAUGUUCGUAGUCAUGUCUUCUUUAGGCAUAUCGAUUGGGAGAAGAUCGAGAAUCGCGAAGUGCAACCACCUUUUAAACCGAAGAUCAAACAUCCUAAAGAUGUAAGUAAUUUUGACAAACAAUUCACUUCUGAGAAAACGGACUUGACCCCAACAGACAAACUAUUUAUGAUGAAUCUGGAUCAAACGGAGUUUAUGGGUUUCUCGUUCCUCAAUCCAGAGUUUGUGCAACAUAUUUAAGAUAAUAUUAUUAGCUUUACCUCAUCGGUCUAUUCUUUGUAUAUUAUGAUUUAUUAGUCUCUUUCUCUUCUACGACCUUUUCCUUUUCAUUUUUCAUGAUCGACGUUAUCUGUUUUCACUCAGGGUUAUUCUCUUUCCUCCGAUUUUUCCAUACUAUUUUACUUAUAUUACCCCAUAUAUUACCCCCCCCCCCCUCCCCACUUCUUCCUCUCCUCCCUCUCUCUCUCUCUCUCUCUCUCUCUCUCUCUCUCUCUCUCGUUUUAAUAAUUAUAUCUUUCGUAAUGACAUAAGGGAAUACGGACGAGACGUAAAAUACUUUGUCAUUUUUCAUGUUGUCACAACAUAGAAGAAUCUUUCGAUGUAUUUUUUAAAGAAAUAAAGCGCCAUGUUAGUGCGCACUGUAUUAUUAUGGUAUAAGAUAAAGACGGGAGGCCUGGUGCCGAUCGUCGAAGGAUUCGUAGGACGAAUUCUAAUUUUCGAUUUGCGGAGAAUUGUAUUUCAUGGCGGUUGUAAAAAUGAAUUCUACUUUUCGAAUUAGCCCGAUCGAAAUGAAAAUAUCUAACAAUCGCUGUAUUCAUUUCCCGCGUAUAUUAUGCAUUUACUUCAGUAGUUUCUACUGUCGCCUUCCAGAGUAUAUAUAAUAUAUAUCGAUUGAAGUAAUAUAUUAUUAUAUAUACGUAUAAACACAGACACUUAUACAGAGAAUUAUGAUAUAUCGAUACGUAUAGAUACAAAUUUUUCUGUCUUUCGUUCCAAGUUGCACUUAUCGUUCGUUUAUUUCGCUAUAAUAGUUAACGGGUAGAAAAAGACGAGUUCGUAGAAUUUUUCAAUGUUAAUAAUGUCAAAGUAUUCGUCUAACAAGAACUGCUCCAACAGUAGAUAAAAGUUUCGAUUAGGAACAGAGCUUGUAUCCCCAUUUUCCUUGAUUAAAAACAUUAUUAUGGCACAGUUCGUGAAUGUAGUAACGCGAAAACGUUUAAGUACACAGAUGCAUAUUAUUUCAUCUUACUGCUUUAUAAAAUCCUUCAUAUAAAUCUUACAAUAUGUUUUUGUCAUAUGUAUUUAGAUUUUACGCAUUAUUUAUUCUAUUUGAUUUAUCAAAUAGGCAAAUAGAUCAAAGAAUGCUUGUUCAAUUGGUUCCAUUUUAUCUUUAUUCAUUUUAUUUAUCACUUUUCUAUAUCUCUUUCUACCAAGAUGUAUCUUAAAUGAUAAACAUAUAUAUACAUAUAUAUACAUAUAUGUAUACACACAUACACACACACACACACACACACACACACACACAUAUAUAUAUAUAUAUAUAUAUAUAUAUAUAUAUAUAUAUAUAUUGUCGCUAUGAAAGAAGGAUAUGAGCUCCAUUUUCGAGACAAUCAACCGAUAAUAUGAAAGAAUACGGUCAAUACGUGCUUCCGUAUUUAAAUUUGGGAAGAAAAAAUAUAGUAGUUGGCACAUACUUAUUUUUCUUUAUAUAUUUGCGAGUGUUUUUGUACUCUAUAGUAUACAAAAACUCGAGAAAGAAUACUUGGUAUUAUGUUAGUCGUUUUAUUUUAAAACUAAUGCCUUAACGAGUUUUAUUCUUUAAAUUUGAUCAAUCCAAUCCUUAAGAAUAUAUGAUUUCUCAAUUGUCACUUGUGCUAAAUACACUUAUGGUACCACAUAUACGUAUAGACAUUGAAACCUUUAGAUAAACAUGUGUAAAUACAAAUACAUAUAUACAUAUACGCAUACAUACACGCGCGUGUGUGUGCAUAUGUAUCUGCGUGCGCAUGUUUGCAUGUGCAUAUGUAUGUGUGCGUGUGUGUGUGUGUGUGUGUGUGUGAGAGAGAGAGAGAGAGAGAGAGAGAGAGUGCGUGCGUGUGCGCACACACACAUACACACAUGCGGCAAUAUGUAGACCAUUGAAGUCUUUUAAGGCUGUGCUCGUUAAAUGCCGAAUUAAUUUCACUUGUUACUCGAUUCUUUCGAGACGAAAGUCGUUAAUCGAUUUUCAUCUUUGUUCUUGCAAUAUGAACUCGGGUAAUAAAAUACUAAAUGUUACUUUGAAAGUCAAUAUUUUCUCUUACCAUAAGUAGCUCGUACUUUCUACGAUCGUCGAUACGAUAAUUAUUCUUUCAUUAUAUCUCAUAUUUUGUCUUCUCAUCUUUUAAUAUCUUCUUGCAUUUUGUCACCGAUACAUUAUGCAAAGAAUUUCUUCGUGUUGAAACGGCAAAAUAUCAUGUUGAACGCAUUCUAUCAAUGAACUAUAUCUCUUCAAAAUUUCUCAUCAAUAUUUUUUUCCUAUGUGAUGCGUACCUUAUCCAUUUUAAAUAUAAUGUAGUAUAUGUGUGCGUGUAUGUGUAUAUAUAUAUAUAUAUAUAUAUAUAUAUGUAUAUAUAUGUAUAUAUAUACACACACACACACACACACACACACACAACAUACCAUAUUACAUACUCUUUACUUGUUUAACAACACAUGUGCAAAAAAUAAUAAAAUAAAACUUAAUACAUUAUCCGAUCA